AACGUUAUCAUCCUCGCCCCAGCCUGCAGCUGCAGAGAGCGAGUCUCGCGGAGUAGCAGGGGAAAGGCUAAAAUCAAAUUACACAAGCAAAUAUAACCGUGGCUGUGUGCUUUUUUUUAAAGUAUUGUGUUGGUGGGGAAACCUAUUACUUCUGUUUGGCUUCGGUCACUGGCGUCCUCCCACAACACCGCUGCUGGGCUUUUUGCGAUCAAUUUCAGAUCUCGCACUACUGCCUGCGGGUGUUUAUUUCUCGCUAUAUACAUACUAUUGUUAUUAUUAGUUUUAUAGAGCAUCAUGGAUUUUUAAUGCAAUUCUAUAUUGCACAGAUCAGUCGGGAACAGUACAAACACCCGAGGUUGUAUUUUAGACGGUGACCAAAAAGCAUCAGAAGUGUGUGAGCCUGAGCGACGAAGAUAAAGAGUGAGAGAAUACAAUCACGAGCCUUGCAGGCCAGCGUAGAGGGCAUUUCCAAGCUUGUGUGCGCGCAGUGUCUUAAUUACAAGUCCCUUCGUUAUUCCUGGGCAAUUCGUAGCGUUUGAAAGUGCAUCGCACGCAAGAGUAAUUAGUGACUGGGUGAGCGAGUAGAUAUAGUUAGUGAAUUAAUGAGUCAGUGAGUUGGGUUGUGAGAUUGCGAGUGAGUGAGUUAGUGAGCCAGUCAAUUACUUUGUGAGUUGCAUGUAUUUUGAACUUCUUUCGCACCGUACGUGGCCAACCGUGCUAAUUGGAGGUGAGUCAGUGAGUGAGCGAGUCCAUGAGGACAGCUGCUUUUUGUGCCUGUAAGCCCCUCAUAAAUUAAUAUCCCACCCAUGGGGACCUUCUCACUUCUGUGCUGCUUCAACUGCGAGGACAGGAAUGACCUACGCAAGAAAGAGCCGCUCAUCAGCAUAUGGCCACGACUAUCAAUACAAUCAACACACCGUUACCACCACCACGACCACACACUACGACCACAACCACCACCAUGACCAUCGACAACCACACAAUCACCCAAUCGAACUACCACAACCACAACCACAUACACAACCGUCAACGACCGACCACGGGCUCACCACAACCACCAACCAACACCGCCACCGACGCAGGGAGGUGUUGCCACUCUACUAUGGCAUGGAGUCGCAGCGACAGCGCGAGGACCUGGCAAACCUCUGGCACGAGCCCCACGACCGGUCCCACACGGCCACUGACGAGGACCGAGAGCUUUUCAACAAACUCCAGCGCCUGGAGCACACUCGUCGGGGCUCCGAGGGCUGGCGGAAGCUGAGUGUGGACAUCGGCAUGCUGCGCCAGGUGCGGCGUGACGUCAAAGACCGUUGGAGGAUGAUACUCUCCUAUCUUGGAUUCGAGAAGGAGGCAGACACCCUCCUGUCCGUCACAGGCUCCAGCUCACUCAACAACAUGAAGAAUGUCACCAGAGCCAAGGAGAUUCUGCAGCUUCUGGCCGAGGACACCAGCAUCUUCAAGGAUAUCUCGGGCCCUCCUGAGAGAUAUAUAUUCGUUCUGGACCGCCUGAUUACUCUUGACAUUGGAGAAGCAUUUCUGGCGAGGGCAAAGCACCUGUACCCAAAAGACGACGACGAUGAGGACGAGGAUGAUGACGACCAAGAUGAUGACGAAGAGAAGGAGCGAGAGGAGAUUGGGAAAAAGGAGCAGGAAUCUGGAGGCAUGAACCCCCCAUUCGCCAGGUCUCGUCGACCCAGCCUCAUCUUCAUCAGCCGCACCGCCCCGGACGUUGCCAUCGACGAGCUGGGUACUCAGAGCAGCAGCGAGGAGCCUCCCGCAGGAACCAACAGCGGUGCCGAGUGAUCACAGAUAUACAUAGAGAGAGAAUAACGCGUGUGCAGGUGUGCAGAGUGAGCUACGGAGAGUCAACCUGCAUGCCGGUGAACAUUGAGUUAUGUAUAUAUCACCUGCAUGCAAGUGUCGAGUGUACCGUUUGGAAGCCACCUUCAUACAGGUGUAUGAAUAAAAAUAUUAAAUUCAUCUGCAUGCAGGUGCCCCGAUUGAACAAUUAUACAAUCUGCCUGCGUGCAGGCGUCAAAUGAAGAAUAUGGAAUAAUCUGCUUGCCAAUGUUCCCAGUAAACAAUUUGAAAUCUACCUGGAUGCAGAUAUCAAGUGAUGGAUAUGCGGCCAUGCACUUCACCUGCAUGCAGGUGCUCUGAGUGAAUGUUUGCAAAUUCACCUGUCUACAGGUGUGCGGAAUGAAUGCAGAUUUGGGGGAACGCGUAGAGCACAAACAAAAUCAAUGUCAAUCUUCUCAACUGUGUUAAAUGCAGCAUUUAUCAAAUAGCGAGGGGUCCGUUUAAAAUUAACUUUCCCCUGCCAUGCAGGGGUCACACGUGCGCAACAUUAAAUGUCUGUCAACAUGUUACUGCAUGCGUGCAACCUGAGCAAUUACGUCUGGCAAAUUUUGAUGCGUUCCCGCUUUAGCCACUAAUUAAUAAUUUUGUUAUUUCUAUAUUCUUGGUUCUUUUGGGAAAGUCACGUAGAAGGGAAACAAUAAAAUAAUAAAAAUAUAAAACAAAAUUUCUUGCUGUGCUUUUCACACCUGAUGAUGAUUG